AUGUUCUGGAAGCUUUUCUUGUCCCUUUUCCUGGUGGCCAUGCUGGUGAAUGGGACAGAGGCCCGGAAGAACCGGCCCGCAGGUGCCAUCCCUUCACCUUACAAGGAUGGCAGCAGCAGCAACUCGGAGAGGUGGCAGCACCAGAGCCAGGAAGUGCUGGCCUCCAGCCAGGAAGCCCUGGUGGUCACCGAGCGCAAGUACCUCAGGAGCGACUGGUGCAAGACGCAGCCGCUGCGGCAGACGGUGCGUGAGGAGGGAUGUCGCAGCCGCGUGGUCCUCAACCACUUCUGCUACGGCCAGUGCAACUCCUUCUACAUCCCGCGGCCUGUGCGCAGCCAGGAGAACUCCUUCCAGUCCUGCGCCUUCUGCAAGCCCCAGCGCCUGGCCUCUGUCCUCGUGGAGCUCCAGUGCCCCGGGCUGGACCCGCCAUUCCGCCUCAAGAAGAUCCAGAAGGUGAAGCAGUGUCGCUGCAUGUCGGUGAACCUGAGCGAGGCUGACAAGCAAUGA